AUGGCUUGCAAACUACAGGGGGCACUCACUAGCUGCCAUUCCAGAACUACCAAGUUCAAAUAUCAGAAAGAGCGUGCUGCUAUUGUGAUGCCUAAAGCUGUGGUCACUCCCCACACCUUUAAAACUAAGCUCCCCGAGUUGAACUUAACCUACGUACCCCCUCCUCCGACACCCUCAUUAGACAAAAAAGCCUUGGAAACUGUCCAUGAGAAAGACCUUCCCACCAAUACUUCAGGAAAGUUCGGUAGGUUUGGAGGGAAAUUUGUACCCGAAACACUUGUAGCCUGUUUGAGCCAGCUUGAGGCUGAGUUCAAAAACGCCCUCAGUGACCAUGCUUUUCAGGCAGAGCUAGCGGAGGCAUUAAGAGACUACGCUGGGAGAGAGACACCUCUCUACCACGCUAAGCGAUUGUCUGAGUAUUAUAAGAGCAGGAACAAUGGGAAAGGGCCUGACAUAUACUUAAAGAGAGAGGAUCUGAACCACGGUGGCUCUCACAAGAUGAACAACGCUCUUGCGCAAACCAUGAUUGCUAAACGCAUGGGUUGCAAAACCGUGGUCACCUCCACUGGCUCUGGACACCAUGGCCUUGCAACAGCUGCAGCAUGCGCAAAACUUGGUUUGGAGUGCACGGUUUUCAUGGCCGCCAAAGACAUCGACAGACAGUAUUCAAAUGUGCGGUUGAUGAAGUUGUUAGGAGCUGAGGUGGAAGCAGUUGAUGGGGGGUUCAGAGACGCAGCAUCAGAGGCGUUUCGAUGUUGGGUGGGGGAUUUGGAAAAGAAAUACCACUUGACGGGUUCGGCGGUGGGACCACACCCAUGUCCGAGCAUGGUUCGGGAGUUUCAGUCUGUGAUAGGGAAAGAAACGAGGAUGCAAGCAUUGGAAAAAUGGGGAGGGAAGCCAGAUGUUCUAGUUGCAUCGGUAGGAACGGGAGCAAACGCUUUGGGUUUGUUUCAUGAGUUCAUAGGAGAUGGAGAUGUGAGGUUGAUUGGAGUUGAAGGUGGAGGUUUGGGAUUGGAGAGUGGAAGGCAUUCUUCAACCUUGGCCAAAGGAGAAGUGGGUGUUUACCAUGGAGCCAUCAGCUAUCUACUCCAGGACGACGAUGGCCAAGUUAUUCAUCCACAUUCCAUCGCAGCUGGGAUGGAGUAUCCAGGAGUUGGUCCAGAGUUGAGCUUUCUUAAAGAAAGUGGGCGCGCGGAAUUCUGCGUUGCAACAGACGAAGAAGCUCUUGAUGCUUACGAAAAAUUAUGCAAAUUAGAGGGUAUAUUUCCAUCGCUGGAGGCUGCACAUGCAUUGGGUACGUUGGAUAAAUUGGUCCCUACACUAUGCGAUGGUACGAAGGUUGUUGUGAAUUGCAGUGGCAGUGGAGAUAAGGAUGCAGCUAUAGUCUUCAAUCGCCGAUUCUUGGACAAACAAUGA